AUGCUGGUGUUGGCACGAUGGGCAAAUCCUUCUCCCGAAGUGGCCGAACAACUUCGCUGGGCUCCAAUGGCGGUCAGCUUUGGAAGGUUUCGUUUGAUUGCUUCACUGAGAAAAUGGCCUGGCGGUUGGGUUCUUCCCUUGGGGGUGCUCAACGAACCUCCCACGCUCCACCUCUAUGAUGUCUCGGGUGGGCUUUAUGUAAGGGCGGCGCCAAUGCUAGACCUCACUGCACCCUUGCCGGAUGAGAUUACUGCUGGGCACAUUGAUUCGACUCGAGGUAACUUCGUUGCAACUGUUAAACUUGAACGUGUUCCUCACUUUUGCUUCCUUUGUGGUGUAAUUGGGAACAUCGGAGAGGGUUGCCCCGGUAAGGAUGCCUUGGCUGGCGCUCCGCCAAAAUAUGGCGUGUUCUCGGUUGCAACUCAAUGGGGACCACCCGUGACGGAGGAUACCCUGUCAAAGAGGCACCGGUGGUUCACUUGGAUUCGUGCGGCCAAGAAUCGCCCAACAUCCUCGAGGAAUGAAGGCAGAUUCUGGGAGCCUGCUCCGCGCUAG